GCAGGGCCUUGCCUCCGCACAAACUACAGAAGAAAAUCACACCAUCAGCCUCCCUCUUUCUGAGUAUGGACCACCCUCCACUGUUCUCUCCUAGUGGACGGUGUUUGCUGGUGCCAUAGUGCAGGCCUUCACUCUCAGUGAAAGCAAAGGCAGAGGGAGACUGAGAGUGAGGAGGUGAGAAUGGAGAGUGUGAACCUGCAGAGGAAAAACAAGUAAAGAACUGGACCACGGAGUAAAUUCAUUGGCACAGAUCUGUAGCUUGCUUGAUGAUAAACAGAAGAGGAGCCAUGGGACCUGGAAUGUGGAGCUUGUUUAUUCUGUUUGGUCUGUCGCUCUGGAGCAACAGUCAAGCCUUCACCAACAACCCCAUCCUGUCCCGGAUACGAAGGGCUCCAGAGACCAGCGGAGAAAACAAGAAGUGCUCCUACACCUUCCUGGUCCCUGAGCAGAAGAUCACAGGCCCAAUCUGUGCCGCCCGGGGUUAUUCAACUGACAAGGACCGAGUGACGCGUCUGGAUGUGGCCUCGGUGCGUGACCUCCUGUCAAAGCAGCGUCGGGAGAUGGAAACUCUGAAGCUGGUGGUGGACGUGGACGGCAACUUGGUGAAUGAGAUGAAGCUUCUGAGGAAAGAAAGUAGAAACAUGAACUCCAGGGUGACCCAGCUCUACAUGCAGCUGCUGCACGAGAUCAUCAGGAAGAGGGACAACUCACUGGAGCUGGCUCAGCUGGAAACACGCAUACUUAAUGCCACCUCUGAGUCACUGCGCCUGGCAUCCCGAUACAGGGAGCUGGAGGCCAAAUAUGCAGCUUUGUCCGCAGUAGUGAACAACCAGUCAGUGUUGAUUGGAGCACUAGAAGAGCGUUGUAUGCAGGUGUACAGUCGUAGGCAGGACCAGCCGCCCUUGGGACCUCCACUAGUGCAGGUGGUGCCAGAGAACAUUCCAGUCAACGUGCCUCGUUUCACCAAUGAGAUCCAGCCGGACAACACCCGAGGGUUUGCACGGGAAAGGGGCUCUCGUUCUGGGCCAUCUCCCACAAGCGGCACCCUGGAAGUCCAGAAACCCCCUCAGAGGAACUUCAGCGCAGAAGGCCCAUUCAGAGAUUGUCUGGAGGCGCAGGAUUCGGGCCACAUCACCAGCGGCAUGUACCUGAUCAGACCCGAUGAGGCAGAGAGACCAGUGCAGGUCUGGUGUGAACAGGAUAUAGACAACGGAGGCUGGGCUGUUAUCCAGAGCAGAAGAGACGGCUCAGUUAACUUCUUCAGGAACUGGGAUAACUACAAGAGCGGCUUUGGCAACAUAGAUGGUGAAUACUGGCUCGGCCUCGAAGGCAUCUACAACCUGGGGAGACAAGGGGAUUACAAGCUGCUGGUGGAGCUAGAGGACUGGAUGGGCAAGAAGGUCUACGCUCAGUACAGCAGCUUCCACCUGGAGCCUGAGAGUGAGGGCUACCGCCUGCGGCUGGGCACUUAUCAGGGCAACGCUGGAGACUCCCUCAGCAGCCACAACGGCAAACAGUUCACCACUCUGGACCGAGACAAGGACGCCUUCUCAGGUAACUGUGCCCAUUUCCAUAAAGGAGGCUGGUGGUACAACGCUUGCGGCCAGGCCAACCUUAACGGUGUCUGGUACACCGGAGGCGUCUACCGCAGCAAAUUCCAAGACGGUAUCUUCUGGGCCGACUACGGCGGAGGCUUCUACUCCAUGAAAACCGUCCGCAUGAUGAUCAGGCCCAUAGACUGACAAGAUAAUGGUCGAGGGGCAGCUGUGGAGGCCGGGGGCAAACUUGAAACUCAUUUUAAAUUGUGACUCACUAUGUCAACAGUAACUGGUUAGUCCCAGUUUGUCAGAAAGAAAUGGAGUUUACCAGCAAACAGGUAAUGACCUGAACGGCCUCCUCCAUCAGACACAGACACUGAGUGUUCUCUUUUUUGUUCAUAAUAGAUACACACAUAGAGGUAUUUAAGGGACACGACUAUUUAUAGUAAACUAUGCUACUUCCUUCGCUGCCUAAUACUUGUGAUGGUGAAGGUGAAAUUAAGAUUAACUGCCAACAUUUUGCAGUAAAAUUAUUAAGAUACCGUAUCUAUCCGGUUAAGAAUUUGUUCUCAUUUCAUCUGGUGAAGAGACGACACCACAUCCUAAAAGAACUUCACUGGUACUGAUUACAUUCAGAUGGUGGCUCCAAAUGCAGCUCUUCCUACCUCGCCAAGAUAAAUGUUUUAAGAAACACUCAUAUAUGGUGUUUAACUCUCUUUAGUUGCUAGGAGCUGGAAACUUCAUUAUUGUUCAUACCUACAGUAUAUAGAUUUAUUUAGGCUCUGUAUCCACUUCCACAUCUGAAAAACCAACAUAUUAACAAGCUGGUGUUAGUACGUGUGAUUACGCAAAAGCAGUGGGGUUUUAUUUAUAAUCCUCACACGCUAAAAGACCUUUAUACGCAUGUUAACAUCAUUUGUCCAAGUGCAGAUGACAAGAAAGGAUAAUUUAUGUGUAUACUUAACUUAUCAUAACAGUGAAAAGGGCCAGGUGUCCUGAGGGAGCAGUAAAUGAUCGUACCGAAAAUAGAACUAAUUUCCUCCACUGUAUGUAUGACAAUCAUUCCCAGUGUGCUUCCACGUGUGCAGAAAGCUCUUAUAUGUUUUUCUCAUUUGGAUGCUGAUUAAAUUCCAAUAAGACUCUGUGAAAUACAAGCAUUUUUGGAAAGGGAAAAAAAAGAUGGAAUUAACAUUUAGCUUUGAGUGGUUUUUGAGCGCAAAAAAUAUGCCGACCAAGCGUGUUGAGCAUUACAACCGCUGGGUCAGAAAACGAGAAACACAUUUCUGAAAGCCAGACAGGAUGGAGAAAGAAAAGGAGAAGAGGGGUUGGAAGGGAGGGGGGGUGAACUGGGAUGGAACUGGUCCAAAUUUCCAAGUUAUUUUUUCCAUGUUAACCCCCACCCCCUAAUCUUCCUUUUAAAUACAGAGAAAUGGACAUUCUUUCCACACAAAAGCUCUUGAACUGCAUGUUUUUGUAAAAAGAAAAAUAUCAUUCUUUAAAAAAGAAUGGUCCCCCUGUAAUCGCUGGUUCGGAUGGAAAGCAGCAUCCUUCUGGGAAAACCAUUCCAGAGGAGAGGGGAGCGUAGAGAUUAACAGUGGUGGGCGUGCUUUGAACAACAGCGCUCCAUCCACAACACACAUGAAACGCAAACAGCCUUUGCUCUCUGCUCUGAAAAUAGACUCACAUUUUGUACUGCCCCCUCUGUUGACCACAAUGGCCCUCACACCCAUCUCUUUAAAAACUUUUAUGAAGCCGCAGAACACGAAGCAGGGAUACCGGUCAAAUCCAGCCGGACACAGAGACAUGUUUAUGGACGUGUAAAAGAGAAGCAUGUCGUAAAAAAAUAAAAUAAAAAUGGCAUUGCAAUCUGGAAAUUAAACAACACAGAUCAGUGAGUCACAAUACUUGGAAAAACAAUGUUUCACAACCCGCAGCCUGCAAAUGAGAACACGUUGGGUCACUUCAGGGGACAUUCUUCUUCAGGGGUUUUAUGAAGGAUCUGUUUUACUGUUUGCAGCGCUGAUUUACACUUUUAACACCUAACUGGUUUGUCUUUGUUGAGAUUACAUGUAGAUUCCAGUUUUAUUUUUGGGGGUGUGAGUCGUACAAGUAAAAUGUUGUUGUAGCCCAUGGUCGAUUAAAAAAAUACUGUUUGUGAGGACGAAGGAAAGUUUUCCACUAAUAUUCUGAUCCGCUCUCGCCCGAUGACAGCUGGGAUCCAGCCCACCCCCGCCCCACAGCCCUCUAGAGGCGGCAAUAGAAGAUGAGAUUCUGAUCGGUUUUGGCAUUUAACAGUAUCUUAUAUCCCAGGCUGUUUGUGCUUAUGUGUUGAAGUGAGGAAAUCACGAGGAGACAGAUGAAUAUGUCACAAAGAUAUCUCUCCACAAGGAGUAACCAGUAGCAACACAUGCCUGCGGUUGACUUGAUCAGUUCAAAGCUCACACAACCUAAAUUAGUCUGGGUUGUGUACAUCAUAACCAUCACACUUGUGUUCCCUGGCUGGGAGUCAGACUUUAUGUGUGUGUGUGUGUGUGUGUGUGUGUGUGUGUGUGUGUGUGUGUGUGUAUGUGUGUGUGUGUGCAUACAUGUUGGUGUUAGGAUUAAAGAUCAGGGUCAUUCUGCAAGAUGAAUGUAAUAUAUAAAUAGUAAUUAGUUGGACAUAAAAAAAAAAUGCAUUUAUUCUCUUUGUUGUGUCUGCCAUGACGAGUGUGAUGGUAGAGGGAGGCUCGACGAGGCUGCAGAGUUUUCAAAAAUGAACGUGCUAGCAUGUGCUUCCAAAGGUCUUAAAUAAAUACGUUACGUCUCA